UAGAUUCCUUGCGAACGGGCCACACCCACACCCACACAGAUUGUCAGACAGGUAUCUAACAUUUGGACUCAUAAUUCCCAGAGGCAACAGACUUUUUGCACCCUUCCAUGCAACACCUUGCGAGUUUUUCUCUCUACAUCAGAACUUAGAAAAGAUGGAUGGUAAGAAGAAGCCGAUGCGGGUGCUGGUGACAGGUGGCAGUGGCCUCGUGGGGAAAGCUAUAGAGCGUGUGGUAAAGCAGGAAGGAGGAGCGAAGGAAGGGGAAGAAUGGAUCUUCAUCAGCUCCAAAGAUGCAGACCUGACAAACGAAGCUGAGACGAGGGCCAUCUUCGAGAAAUAUCAGCCCACACAUGUUAUUCACCUCGCAGCAAUGGUGGGCAGUCUCUUCAUGCACAUGAAACAGAACCUAGACUUCUGGAGGAAAAACAUGGCUAUGAAUAUUAACGUGCUGCACAUGGCUCACGAGUUUGACGUGGAGAAAGUCGUCUCGUCUUUGUCCACGUGCAUUUUCCCGGAUAAAACCACUUACCCGAUUGAUGAGACUAUGAUCCAUGAUGGUCCUCCACAUGAGUCGAACUCAGGUUACUCCUAUGCCAAGAGGAUAAUUGAUUUAUAUAACAGAACCUGUUUUCAGCAGUAUGGACGGCGAUACACGGCGAUCAUUUCCACAAAUAUCUUUGGCCCAUAUGACAACUUCCACCUUGAGCAUGGUCACGUUUUAUCUGCACUCAUCCACAAAACCUACAAAGCAAAGAGGGACGGAACUGCUCUGCAGGUCUGGGGUUCGGGUAGAGGACUACGUCAGUUCAUCUUCUCUCUCGAUGUGGCUCGUCUUUUUGUGUGGGUGCUGAGAGAAUAUGAGGAAAUCGAGCCCAUCAUUCUCUCAGUUGGAGAAGAAGAUGAGAUAACCAUUAAGAAUGCAGUCAAUGCAAUUGUAGAAGCAUUCGGCUUCACGGGACCUGUGAUUUAUGACACAAGCAAAUCAGACGGUCAGCUGAAGAAAACGGCGAGUAACGCCAAACUGAGACGCUACCUUCCUAAUUUCACCUUCACUCCAUUCCAUACAGCUGUGAAGGAGACAUGUGAUUGGUUUGCUGAUAAUUACAACAUCGCUCGUAGAUGACCAUUCGGCUCAAACCACCAAGUGAUGAUCUUUUUACACUCUUUGAACUUCACCUGUACACUUUGGGGUUAAACUGGUUGUAAACACUUUUCUGUUAGUUUUAUUCUUUACAAUCAAGGGGGAAAAAUGCAUAUGAUCUCAGGAUAUCUCAUUUAAUAAAUAUUCUUUAAAUAUAUCUGAUGUGGCUUUGUAAUUUCAUUACAGUAAUAAUAAAAAAAACACCUUUAUUUGCCAUCUAGGCUUUGUCUUUUCUGCCAUAGAAAGAGGUAAAAGUGUGAAAGAAUUCGACUGGUUAAACUUCAUUUAUUACCUGACAGACAUUUCUUGACUUUUCUUGCUCUUUGUUGUAUUUUCCAUUUCAUGAUGCAUGAAAUGGUGAAAGGUCUAGACAGCAAGCAGGCCAGUUCAGCAACUGAACCAUUCUUAUACUCAUGCUAUUUUAAAAGAUGCAAAUGCAGUUAGCUUUGUUGGAAUCAUUUGUUGCUUUAAAACCUGUAAAACCAUUUAGCAUUGAUGCAAGCUGGCCAUUCCACAUACUUUCAGAGAUGCUGCUUUUUUUAACUAAUAGUCCUUCUCCUCUUUAGUACAGAUGUGCUAUCCUUGGUUUCCAAAAAGAAAUUAAAGUUUGACCACAAAA